UACAUCGAAUCUGCAAUCUUUGAUUGCAUUCGAUGACGUCAGUCCCAAGGAUACGAAAUCUUGCCCAAAAUGCAAUUUGACACUUGCAACACGAAAAGUAUCGUAAUAGCAGAGGAGAUCCAUUAUACCCUUUAUCCAAGCCAAGAAGUAGAGCCAAGCCAAUCUGAUAGAUAGAACGAAGGGAUCUCGAGUUGUAACAUGAGGUCAUUACUUGUCCUUACGAUUCUCUCUCUGGCAGACUUCUCUGCUGCCUUUACGUCCCAUUCCUUUCGGUCCACGGUUAGUCGCCAACGAACCAGGGUCAGUGCUUGCGACGAAGACAAUAACGACAAUGAUCCUUCGGUAGUAUCGAGACGAGAAGCUAUCCAAAAUGCUGGGUUAGCCUUGUCGUCCAUGCUGCUGAUACCGGCAUCUGCGACUACCUUGUCGCCACUGGCUGCCCACGCCGAAGGAGAACCGAAAACCAUUAUUUUGACGGGGUCCAACUCGGGAAUAGGCUUUGAAGCUGUCAAGAGACUCUCUGCCGACGGCCAUACUGUUGUGAUGCCUUGUCGCACCAUGGAGAAGUCACUCGGGGCCAUUCAACGAAUUGGUUCCACAGCUGGAAACCUUGUGCCAGCAGAAUGCGACUUGGCAAGUCUGGCAUCCAUCCAAGCGUUUGCGAAGGAGCUGCCCUCUCUUUUGGGCAGCAACAAGAAAAUUGAUAUCUUGGGUUUGAACGCGGGGCUUGCGCGUGAUACCAGUGCCGUGGAUGUGGCAAGGACCAAGGAUGGUUUUGAAUUGACAGUCGGCACAAAUCAUUUUGGCCACUUUGCCCUGAACAAGCUGCUCUUGCCAAUGAUGAAUCCGAACGGAAAGAUUGUCAUCACUGCUUCUGGUGUUCACGACCCCGAAUCACCUGGUGGGGCACAAGGAGAAAAGGCUACCCUCGGGGACUUGGAAGGCUUGAAACGAGAUGGAAAAUUAUUUGAAAUGGUGGAUGGAGCCAGCUUCAAUGCCGACAAGGCGUACAAAGACAGCAAGCUCUGCAAUGUACUCUUUACCAGAGAACUUCAAAAGAGGCUAGAAGCGUCUGAUGAAACCAAGCGAAUCACUGCAAAUUGUUUCAAUCCAGGCCUUAUUGUCAGCACGGGACUCUUUCGCGAUCAGAAUCCACUCUUCACAAAGGUGUUUGACGUGGUAGCAACAGACGUUUUCAAAGUCGGGGAGACCCCAACAUUCGGGGGUGGGACAUUAUACUAUACGACAACCGUGGAUACUCGUGGUGGAUACUACUCUAGUGCGCCUGGAUCGAGCAAGUACGGAGAUGCUGCACUUGGAAACCAAUUCGCCGAGACUCAGUGCAGCAAGGAAGCCAGUGACGAUGCAAAAGCCAAGAACUUGUGGGACUUGACGGACAGUCUUAUCGGCCUGUGACGCCCUAACUGAUGCAAAUCAUCACGUGCGCGCAGUAAAGUACCUAGCUAGCUAGCGUCAUGUAGACACAAUGAUAGAACUUUGUGGCCUACCGGUCCCUAGUACUCAUCAUGGAAUGCCUGCCUAGCUAGUAUCUGUAGAGCCAACCAACAAUUCAAACUUCUGGAUCAGCCCCUUGGACAAAACAGUUUGAGCUACGCCCACUACGAGUAGCAAGACCUGCACUGCACAACUCGUCGAGUCCAGGACUGUUUGCUUUUCGAUGAAGUCCAACCCAAAAAAUGGGGCAAGUUGACCUCUUCCAUGGUGUGCUUCCGCCCAUCUCACUGACUAGCUGACUCCAAACACGCAUUUUAACGUACUA